AUGUAUCCCAUCGCAUGGAAACUCCUCCUUAGUAUUAUCUUUGUCAGCUGUGCUGCCUGGUACGCCAAAUCACACUUCUACCGUGAUCCUGGCAGCGCCUUCUUUGAUCCCGCACGGGCAUACGAGCAGCAAUACUCCCUGACCCGGAAGGCGGAAAUACAGCAGUUCAUUGAGUCUCAAUCCUCGACAAACACACCAAACCAGGAUGCAGAAAGCAAGGGCGCAGCCCUCUGCGUGGGUAUUUCAUCCGUAAAGAGGACGAAGGAGCAGUAUCUGGAAAAAACAAUAGCAAGCCUCCUCACCGGCCUCACACCCCCAGAACGAGCCGACCUGCACCUCUCAACCCUAAUCGCCGAACCAGACGCCACCACCCACCCAGCCUGGAACACACCUUGGCUGCACCAAGCCCUCGACGACCUCUACACCUACAACACAACCGCAAAACAAACCGCCCACCUGGCCACUCUCAAAGAAUCAGGCCGCUACUCCGAAAAGGGCGUAUUCGAUUACACCCACGCCCUAGCCCGUUGCUACGAUUCCGGGACACCCUACAUCGGCAUGUUCGAAGACGACAUCCUCCUCGCAGACGGCUGGCUGGUCCGCACAUUACAAGGCCUACAGGAUAUCGAGUCCAAAACAGCCGGGGAUGUGAAUAGCUGGCUGUACAUGCGCCUGUUCAACCAAGAGCGCUCAACAGGGUGGGCGAGCCACCGGAUUGGCGGGAAUAACGAGUUCUGGAUUAUCCUGGGUAUCGGAGUCGGUAUUAUAUCUAUUGCAGCGGUCGCAGGAGCAUUAACCCGACUACAACAGCAACAGCAACAGCAACGACUUUCCCACCGGCGGCCGGGGCAGUGGCAGUGGCAGUGGUAUCGUGCAAAGACAUUACUGCCCGAAACCAGUACGCUAUUCGUGCUCGUCUGUGUGCUCAACCCAGCCCUCGUGCUCCUAUUCUUCCAAUGCGGAAAGGCGUCCGUCCUCCCGCCGGCGCCGGGGGUGUUCGAGGAGUCGUUUGGGUGCUGUUCGCAGGCGAUGGUGUUCCCGCGGGUGCAGGCGCCCUUGGUGAUGGAGUAUCUGCGAGAGAGGGGGCAGGGGCAGAUUGAUUUGAUGCUGGAUCGGUUGGCGGAGGAAACGGCGUUGGCGAGGUUUGCGCUUUAUCCGGUGCUAGUGCAGCAUAUUGGUAUGUUCUUCUCUUCUUUUCUCGCAGCUUAUAUGUUGGGUUUAUAUCUUAUUUGGUUAUUGAUUUGA